AUGAGACAAGUUAAUAAUUGGCAUUCAAUUCCUGUAGAUCCACAGGAUUUCAAUUUGUUUUCGACUUUAAAUAGUGGUCAAGCUUUCCGCUGGAUUUUUAAUUCAACUCUGAAUGAAUGGCAUGGAGUAAUAAAUGGUCACUUAUGGAGAUUACGUCAAAUGGAGGAUUCUAACCCAGUUGAAUAUUAUUUUGAGAAAAAUUUGGGUAUAAAAUUAAACGAUGUUCCUUUUGAUUUACGUGAUUACUUUAGACUGGAUAUGAAUUUAUCUGAUCUUGUGAAGGAAUGGUCUUUGAAAGAUGAAUGGUUUGAGAAUCGUUUCUCUAAAAAUUGUCAAACGGAUACAGCUCGUGGUUUACGCUUAUUAAGACAAGAUCCAGAAGAAACAUUAUUCUCUUUCAUUACAUCAGCUAAUAAUAAUUUAACAAGAAUUACUAAAUUACUCUGUAAAUUGUGUAGUGAAUAUGGUAAUCCAUUGUACUUGGGAAAUGGUGAUCUAAGGCAUUGGACAUUUCCAUCACUUGAAAUACUUGCACAACCUGGAAUGCAGGAUAAUUUGAAAAAAAUUGGUUUUGGUUAUCGUUCCAAGUUUAUUACGCUUGCUGCCAACUGGCUUUUGAAAAAUGGAGGUCGAUCUCGUCUACUUGAACUUCGUUCCAUGUCCCAUUUUGAAGCUCAGGCAUUUCUGAUUCAAAUACCUGGAAUCGGGAAGAAGGUUGCAGAUUGUAUAUGUCUUAUGUCGUUAGAUAAAUUGAAUGUUGUCCCUAUCGAUGUUCAUAUGCAUCGUGUUGCACGUGAGAAAGGAAUUCCUGAAGCAUCAUGUGAAAAUAUGACUACAAAAUCAUAUGAUAUUAUCUCAAAGUCUCUUAGUGAUUUUUGGGGAAAUUAUUCUGGAUGGGCACAAACGAUUCUUUUCUAUACUCGUAUGAUGGAAUCGAAACCUAAUAAACAGUUGUACACUCAAAAUAUCAAAAACAAUAUUAACAUCCUUACGUGAGACUGAUUUGGAUCUCUAUUCACCGUAAAGUGAAGCACUAUAACUCCGAUAUAUCAAGAUCUCUCCUGGUUGUAGGUUUCUGUUUCCCCCAUUGUUAUUAUUACACUACCUUACACUAAUCUGUUCGUUGUUCUUUUUUUAAUGCUCCUUGCCUUUCAUUUUUUUCCUUCUUCUCUUCAAAUUCUCAUCGUUUUGUGUGGCGCAUAUGUAUUUGGUGCCCUCUUGUACCAAUAUUUAUGUGUUCAAAUAAAUAAGUAUACGUAUUAUUGUCAAAAAAUUGACCUUUGUGCAUCUAGUUACCAUGCGUCGGUUUCUAGUUGUCUCACUAAUUUUAGAGUAGAGCUGUGUGUUUCAGUAACUUUUUGAAUUAAUUAUGUUUCCUGGUCAACUUUAGUUUUAUUUCAGCCGAAUAGUGAACUGUAGCUAGUAUUGUUUGAAUAUGCUCUAAACCUUUUUCGUGCGCAGUCAGGUGAUAUAAAUCCAAAACUUCAUCAACUGAUGACAUUGUUUUUGCCUUGUUAUCUUUAUAAAAUAUAAGGAUAUCCUUCUACUUGACUCAUCAUAGAUAAUCGACACUUUGAAGAUAUCCUUAAUCAAGUAGAAGUAACUGUUCCUAUAUCGCUUUCAAUAGCCUGGUUUCACAUAUAUGCUCGUUGUCAAAAGGAAAUAGCGGAUUUAUUUGCCAUCCUUGUAUUACUCGUGUAACGUGAAAUUAGAUUCCUUUUUACAUCCCUAUAAAAUUAGGAAGAAAUAUUCCUUACUCUUGCUUUACAUGUUCAUGAAGAAAAAAAG